CAAAAGGAAAAGCGGUUGAUUUAGGACAAGUCUCGCCGCGGAGAGCGCAGGCGUGGCUCGGAUUCAGCAUCUCAGUGUCAGCUGGCCGGAGAGGCAGUGACGUGGAGUCGAACUCGAGUGAAAAGUUCCUGCGGCUCCGCUCCGCUCUCCACUGGCGCACGGCGAAGCUGCAGGGUCCUGCCCGGGCGAAGAGGGCUUCAGCGCAGAUAGACACCCGCCUCCCGCCCUGUCACGAUGUAAGGGAGAGGAAGCUUCUGUCCUCCGAGUUGUUCUGUCGGGAUUUUGAGGAAAAGAGUCGGACCGAGAGAGCCGGAGCCGUGUGCGGGGACCAGCAUGCGGGCUGCGGUGGCGAGGCUGCUGGCCGUGGCGCUGCUGUGCGGGACAGUCUGCGCGCAGUACUCCAGCGACCAGUGCAGCUGGAGGGGAAGCGGGCUGACGCACGAGACGCACGCGAGGGACGUUGAGCAGGUGUACCUUCGCUGCGCGCAGGGCACGCUGGAGUGGCUGUACCCCACGGGGGCGCUCAUCGUCAACCUGCGCCCCAACACCCUCACCCCUGCUGCGCAGCACCUCACUGUCUGCAUCAAGCCCAUGAAGGACUCCAGGGGCGCCAACAUCUACCUGGAGAAGCUGGGGGAGCUGAAGCUGUUGGUGAGGGAGCAGGAGCCCAGCCGGGUCUACUGCUUCGGCAUAGAGGAGGGGUCCCUCUUCAUCGAGGCCACGCCCCAGUCGGAUAUUAGCCGCAAAAUCACCGCCUUCCAGUACGAGCUCCUGAGCCAGAGGAGCAGUGCAGACCUGCGCUCAAUGGCUGCUCCCUGCCAGCCGUGCAGUGACUCUGAAGUGCUCCUGGCCGUUUGCACAAGUGAUUUUGCGGCGCGGGGCACGAUCCGCGGAGUGGAGCACGAGAAGGACCAGGACGCGUCUCUGAUCGCGGUGUCGCUGAGCCGGCUGUACCAGCAGAAGAGCCGCGUGUUUGCGUCCGCGGGCGGCCGGGCGCGCCGCUGGGCGGGGCACGUGCGGACGCUUCUGGAAUGCGGGGUGAAGCCCGGUGAGGGCGAGUUCCUCUUUACCGGUUCCAUACGUUUCGGCGAGGCGUGGCUGGGCUGUGCACCGCGCUACAAGGACUUCCUGCGGUUGUACAGUGAGGCCAGACAGCUGGGGACGAACCCCUGCCAGGUCGACACGGACUGAGCCAAGCUGCUGCGCCCUAACCCCCAGAGCACUGUGGGCCCAGCUGAGCGACUGGGCCGGGGCUGGCGAACACAGCCGGCUAUCCUGACUGACGGAGGUACGAGCUCUUGAAUGUUGCCAAGCAACGUCGCUGGACUUAAACUGUUUCUUACAGCCAUUUUCAAAGCCGGGAUUUUCUGAGAAAAAGAUCUCUGAAAUGUAAGGCUGCCAUUUCUUCAACGCAAAAAAACCCUAAUGUUGGACUGUAAUGUCUUAAAAUUAAGCUGACGUAGCAGAAGCUGGUAUAUAUCGUGUACAUUGCUGUAAAUGUGAAAGAACAUUGUAAGAGAAGUUCCAAAUGCUUUGUAAAAAGCUUAAUGUACAGUUUGAAGUUGUUUCUUAUGACAGAAAUGUAUUAAGCUAAACCUGCUUUUGUUUUUAUGGUGUUUUUAAGAAAUGUGCAAUUUCAGCCUGUAAUUUUUCUUCAGGCUGCUAAAUUGUAAAGGCCUUCUCUUUCAGAGAAUAAAGGCAUCCUGAAGUGAACUAU